CCUAAACCCUAAACCCUAAACCCUAAACCCUAAACCCUAAACCCUAAACCCUAAACCCUAAACCCUAAACCCUAAAUCUUAUUGUAUCUAUGAUUUAUUCUCACACCUGAAACCUAAUCAUGAAAAUUUUGAUGAAUUCUCCUUUGUUUUCUUCUCUCUUUUUAUGGUGUUCCCUUUUGAAACACGUACGUUAUACUGAUAUAUCAACAAAGCUAAUACUGUACCUUCUUUUUUUAAUCACGAAUUUUUGGAUUAUAAAAACCUCGUUAAUCUUCUCUGCACAGAUCACUCUCUAAUUAGCUCCUUUACUUCCUAAGCUCUUAGCAUAAUUAGUUGAUAUCGAUGGCAAAGAACUCAGAGAGUAGCAGCAAGAACCAGGAGACGAAGAAAGAUAGCAGAGUGUGUGAGAAGAUUUUCAGAGCAAUGACGAGUCCUGUUCGAACUGUUCGCCGCCUCUCCACCAAACCUUCACCGAAGCACCACCAAGCGGAGCCUGUCCGCGUCAAGUUCUCUGAGACGUCGACUCAGGCAGCCAAACCCAUUUCAAAGAUGGAGCCGCUGAUCACUCGAGUGGAGACGAAGCUGAAAACGGACGAGAGGUUCACUGAUUAUAUAAAGAAAGCCAAACUGAAGAUCAGGGCAGUGACGAAUCCAGGUGACAUGAUGAGGAACGAUGCGUCGAAGACAAGUGAAGCAGAGGCACGUGAUCAUCGUCGUCAGUGCCAUGUCCCUACCGCUAGUGUCUCGAGAGAGCGUAGCAGUGGAAGGUCAUCAGAUCAUUUCUCCGAGUACAUAAGGAAGGCGAAGAUGAAGCUCAGAUCUUCCACCAUCGCUCGUGCGAACCCAACUUACAAGGAUUGAUGAAUUCCCACUAAAUUAUUAUAUGAAUAAUCCAGCUUACGGUUAUGAUCAGUAAACUCUGAUGACAAACUAUAUGAAUUAUCGAUUAUGAUAUUAUAUACCAUUUUCUGGUUAAACUAUUUUUAAAUAUUACUAAACUCAGCUUUUCUAAGAAAAGAAUAUUAAUGAGAAAAAGACAAAAAUAACACUAAAUCAAGUUUUUGUUCCCAAACUAGCACUCAAGGUCAAAAGUCACAAAAAUAGCACUUAAUGUUUUAUCAAAAGUUACAAACUUAGGA